AUGAUUCACUGGACUCGCCAAAUCAAGGAAGUGCUGAGGGCCCAAGAGGCUGUGGAGAGCAGAGAGAGUGCAGGCCCAUUGGAAGAGAUUGAGUUCUGGAGGAACCGCUGCAUGGACCUCUCUGAAAUCAGCAAGCAGCUUUGCCAGGAAGGGGUCAAGCACAUAGAGUCCAUCUUGUGUCUGUCCAAGUCCUCCUAUGUGGCCCCAUUCCAGCGACUUGCCAAACAAAUACAGGAUGGGUCAGAGCAGGCCCAGUCCAACCUCCAGUUCCUAUCCAUACUGAAGGAGCCGUUCCAAGAACUUGCUACACUGAGACCCAAAGAUAUCCCUGAGAAGCUGCCUCACCUCAUCAGUCUUGUCCGUAUUGUGUGGGUCAACUCUCCCUACUAUAACAGCAGGGAAAGAAUCACGGCUCUUUUUCGAAAGAUGAGCAACAAAAUUAUCCAGAUGUGUUGCAAAGACAUCUCCCUGGACCGGCUGUUUGAGGGUUAUGUCAACUCUUCCCGGCAGACUCUCCAUGGCUGCAUCUCCUGCAUGUCAUCUUGGAAAGAGAGCUACCAGCAUGCAGCCUACAUGCACAACAA